GACUCUUCAUAUCACUGGUUUGAAUCUAAACGUCGAACGCAUCUGAUCGCAGAGCUUCAUGAGAGUCGCUCACUGUCUAACGAAACUUUCAGCACUAUAUAACUGGGCCUGUAGCAAGCUCCCCCAUCACUAGUUCAUCAGUAUUAUUAUCAGUGUCACACAUUUUUUUUGGAGGAAUAAAAAGAGAACAGAACCAGAUAGUCAAGAUGACGAUCGAUAAAAAAUGGGUGAUAUGCAUUGUCUUCACAUCUCUAAUUGUUGUUGCAGCAGUCGUCACACCUGUGGUGGUGAUGAUGCAGAAGUCGGAGGCCGGGACUAGCGGGGUGAACGACCCUUACCUGUCCGCUGGACAGGGAGCUGCUCUUACAGAUCAGGAGCAGAUGAUGGGGGCGCAUGAAACUGGAAUGGGAGGGGCAGUCGGCGGGGGAGCCGCCCCUAACGGCGCAGCCAUGGGCCCCAGUGAGAUGGUGGUCCAGUUUGGAGGCAUGGUGGAAUGUUUAGUGAGAAGGGGGUCCCUCGCCUACAAUGGCUACGGCUGCCACUGCGGGUUAGGAGGCAGUGGCAAACCCGUUGAUGCUACCGACAGAUGUUGUCAGGUGCAUGACCGGUGUUACAGCCAGCUGAAGAAGCAGGGUAUCUGCAAAGGAGACAAGUCGGUCUAUUUCACCUAUUACAAGUCUAAUAUGAACAAUUGUGACACCCCCAAUGCUAAGAUAUGGUGUGCCAACCAUCACCAAUACUCGUUCUUUGAUAGCAUUCUCUCCGGCCAGCAGCCCCGAUGUGCCGCAGCUCUCUGUCACUGCGACCGUACAGCCGCUCUUUGCUUUGCCCGGCAUAGUAACAGCUACAGCCUGAACUAUGCGUCUUAUCAGGCUAAGAAGACUUGUUAGCUGUUGCCGAUUUAAGUUUAAACAUUCCAUCCAUUAAUUUCUAUUUGUAGUGCCGCCAUAAUGCUUGUCCUUUUCAUCAAACUUAAUUUAAUCAAAAAUAUGUUUAGAUUUUCAAUUACCUCCCCCUCCCCCCCCCCCAA